AUUUGUUAGGCAUGUCUGAUAGUCAUAGAUGACAAUGAAAUGGUUCUUAAAAACCCUUCUUUUGUUUCUGUGUACUUUUGGAUCUGUGACGUGUAUGAUUGAUAGAAUAGAUGUCUUGAUUCAUCCUAAGAUAUCAGAGGAGCACGUUACAACAAGUAUCACUUUGACAUGUGCUGCCUACUAUGUUAAUUCUGAGUCAUUUGAUGUCAAUGUGGACGUGCAAUGGUACUUUGUAAAGGAAACUGAAGAUAACAGUACAGUGGCAAAAUCUUCUAUUAUCACCUCAAAUACCCGAUCAAGCAAUGGUCGUCUCAUGUUUGAAAUGUCGGAAGUCAGAAACUCAACCGUGUCUUUCCUGUACGCAUCUGGGGAAUACAAUGGCGACUAUUACUGUAUUGUGUCCAAAAUAGGAUUAACAGCUCAAUCCAAUAGCGCUACCUACAGAUAUGGUGGAAGUGAUUCUGAGACAUUUAUUGUUGAACCAAGUUUCUCAAGCUCAACUCAGUCUACAACACAGACACUUACAUGUCAGACAGACGAUCUUUUGGCAGAGACUCCUGAAAUUGAAUGGUUUUACCAUAAAGACAAUAGAACCAAAUACAAUUUGAAUAAUAACGAGUAUGCGCCAUACAAUCUAAACUUAUUCAACAUUUACUCUGAAGGAGUGCGGAAAUCUGUCCUAGAAUUAGUGUACGCUUCUGAGAACUAUAAUGGUGAAUAUUAUUGUAUCGCAAAGUUCAGUGAACAAAAACAGACUUCUAGCAGAUCAGCUGUUUACAAAUAUGCUGUAAGUGAAGACACUGAUACGUUUCAAUUUGUGGUGUCGUUGUCCUUACUGGUGGGAGGAGAGAUUCAUUUUGAUGGGUCUCCUGUUUACGCUGAUGACGGACUAAGCGGUCCUGUCUCAUUACAGUGCAUGGAUUCCACAUUCAGUGAAAAAAUAAUGAUAGAAAAGAACUACACAUGGAUCUUUUCAACAGGGGCGGACGAUGACGAUCUGAAAGAGCUAGUUUCCAACAAUCUCUAUCAAAUAUCUGACCAUGGCUUCUUAAAUGUGUUAGAAUUUCAGUUCUCCUCCACAGAUUAUGUCGGUAACUACAGAUGUCUUAUCGUUGGAGUAACGGAAGAUGGAGAGGCUGUUUUUGGGGUGAGUGAUAAGUUCGUGUACAUGUACAACGGUGAGAUGGUAACCCCUCAGUUCCUGGUGGAACCCAGCUUUGCUGUGGAUAGCAUCACACAGCUGGUUACAGAGAGUGGCAUUUCUCUGACUUGUAAAGUUACUCAGCCUGCGUUUUAUCCUCCAGUUAAAAUAACGUGGUACAGGGGCUCUGCUGGGUUCUCACGUGUUCCUAUUCUCCCUGGUAACAUCGCUAACAUGUACUCCCUGAACGAGGACGAUAGCGUGCUCACAUUCCUGCAGUACUCGUCCUACAAUAACGGUACAUACCACUGUGAGGCUAGUAAUAGUCAGGGGAUCACUACUAGUAGGGAGGCGCUCUACCAGUACGGGGAUUACAUCAAGAUCACCUCGAACGUAACAACAGAAGGGCAGCUGUACCUGGAGUGUGACUACAGUGUAGCUAACUCAGCUGAUAGUGAGAGAAGCAGGGUCACGUGGUUGUUUGAGAGCAGUCCUGGGCAGUUCGGUCCGCUGGAUUCUAACAAAACAUCUGUUGACAAUGACAACUCAAGUUCUAUCUCUACCCUUACAUUCCUGGAUAUGAGUAUGAAGGAGGUGGGAAGGUACAAGUGUGUCUUCUCUAAAACUACUAAAGAGAACAAGAACAAGUGGGCUUAUGGAUUCUACACUAUCUCAGCGUGCUCGCUGACCCUGAACACAGAUUCCCCCGUGCUCGACUCUGGUGAAGAACUAUUACUCCGAUGCUCUUGCGUCGUGUCCGAAACAGAAAACACCACAUUUUACUUCUACAAAGACAGAGUGGGUGAGAGUGACCAGGAUAUCAGGGAGAGAUAUGAGGGUGAGGAUGAUCUCCACAGGAUGGAGUUCACUGAAUUGAAAGCAGGAUUGCAGUUCAGGAUACCGUUUGCACGUGUAGUGGACUCGGGGAUCUACGAGUGUGGUUAUCAGAUUGAAGGGGAGGAACAGCGAAGCUUUGUGGAGUCUGCUAUUGAUAUCACUGUACAGGGUGAUACGACAGUGUUCGAGAAUUCACCCUUCGGCUACGACAAGUACGACAUCAGCAUGGGCUUAUGGCAGCCGAUUAUAAUCAACCACAACGAUGCCAAAGUGACAGCCACCCAAGGUUUUGAUCAUUUGGUUGUCCCCGUGGUGGUGGCAAGCGUGCCCCAGUUUCUUGAUGACUCAGUGUUAAGUGUGCAAGUUAGCUGUCCCACUCAGCAGCCCUUGUACAGUGAAUGGUUUGUCCUGUACUGCAUUGAUUUGGGUUUGGGAACUGAAAAUAACGAGGGUAGAGUCAGAGAUGGUAGUUCGGACUAUAAUCUUCAAAGUCUGAGAUUUACCUUUUUCCAUGAUCAUGAUUCCCCCGGGAUUCCCCCCGCCAUUCUGGACUACUUGGAACCGCAGUACAACUACACCUACACACUUAACUAUACGAUGGCUGAAGGCGCAACUCUCCCGUCCUACUACCCAACUCAGUUGCCAUUAACCAUGCAUUUCCCGAGUUACGAAGACGCUGUUGUUGCCCCUUCAGCAAAGUACACGGUGCUCUCCAUGGCCUAUAACGACUAUCAGUACCUACGUAACGAUCCCUGGAUUGAUCGCUACCUCAAAUGUGUAGUUUGUCAGACAACUGGAGAAUUUAAGACGAAAUGCCCGUUUGGGGUCCACAAAGACAAUAUCGAGCCCAUCUGGAGCUUUGGAAACGGAACUGAAGUCGAACUGCCGACUGAUUUUUUGGAGAUUUUCGGUCUUCACGAGUUAAAAAUAAAGAAGGUGGACAUGUCGCUGGGACAGCAGUUCAUCUGCACCUUCGAGUAUACAGAUCAAAUAACUCAGACACCCACAAAACGAUCCGCCUCACAAGACGUUAUCGUCGAAGCAAGGGAACCUCUGGUGCUAGCUUCAGAACACAAUGAGCUGCCUUUGAGACAGACAGUUUAUGAAGAUUUCAAACUUGAAGUUUAUCUCGAUAUUACCAUGAGACAGAGUUUGUUUGAGGAAAUAAUUGAAGUGAAAUGGGGUACAGUAAACGGGGAAGAAACAGAAUGGCUCCCUAGCAAUGAUACCAGGCAAAAUAACAACUGGGAAACAAAGCGAUUGUCGUACGAGAUAAAGAACUUUACUGAAAAUACUACCUACGUUUGUCAUGUAUCAUAUCUAGAUCGCCAGAUGGCUAUCAAGAUUCCUGUUCAAACGAUCGUUAAACCCCCGCCAGUCUCAGAAAUUACAGAAAACAUUACGAACGAAUCCUUGACAUUCAGCUGGGAACCAGCUGUAAAUGAUGACAACAACUACUUUAUUCACUACCAGGUGACAGUAACAAGCGAAUCAGCAGCAAGCUACAUCACGGAGGAGCCAAUCACAAUUAAGAGCGAUGACACACGUGACCCAAGUGUAACAGUGGGAGCAGAGUUUGUGAAACCUUUCUCAGCAUACAGUGUUAUGGUUGUGGCUGUGUAUGAAGCGGGAACCAGUCUACAGCAGACGCACUCUUAUAGAACUGAGGAAACUGUACCUGACGCACCCAUCCUCGACAACACUCUGAUGAUAAAUCAGCACCCCGACUCUGAUAUGUAUUAUACUGAACUUAAAAUAGAUGCCCCGAGAGAGGGUAUAAAAGGAAUAAUUAUUGAGUACAAACUGGUGUUUUUGAGUAAGAAGGCCGGGAAUAAUAUGUCGAAGAGGAGACGGAGGGAGGCUUCUGAAGAAGAGGAGAUAAUUAAUACCAUUCUGUUGAACAUCGAAAACAAGGAGCUGAAAGACAAUUUCAAAGAAGAUGGCAGUUUUGAUGGCAUCGUUAACCUCACAGUUGUAGAUAAAGCUGCAAAAAUCAACGCAGUAAGAAUAUCAGCAAGAACCAGUGCUGGUUGGGGACCUCCCAGUGAACCACCAGUGACCAACUCGGUCUACUAUAAAAAUCAGAGCAAUAAGUGGGUCUACAUCGUGGUAGUGUUGGUCAUCAUGUUUGCGAUUGGUCUUGGUAUCGCGCUCUUCUGUUACAUCAAACGGCACAACCAGGUCAAGAAAAUAAUAAAAACGCAGUACAACCCGCUUUAUCCCCUCAUGAGAAGUGUAGUUCCGGACCAGUGGGAGAUAAACCCAGACGAUAUGAAACUGAGCACCCUGCUGGGUGAGGGGGCCUUUGGUCGGGUCAUGAAGGGGGCCAUGCUCAAAGAUGGCAAGUCGACCAUGGUGGCUGUUAAAAUGCUCAAAGAAGAGUCGAAUAGCGAGCAGGAGGCUGAGGCACUUUGGAAGGAGAUUGCAUUAAUGAAGAAGGUCGGGUCACACCCCUACAUAGUAAACAUAAUCGGGUGUGUCACCGUGAAGCCUCCUGUCUGUUUACUGGUAGAAUAUGUCCCCAACGGGGAUCUACAGACAUACUUGCGAUCAUUACGAACGAAGUUCGAGAAAAAUCACUCUCGAAACAUCAGAAAAAUCUCUUCUAAUAUCGCCAACUCGGCCAGUAAAAGUAAACAGAAUGGUGGCUCAUCAAACAGGGACACAGACCCGUUAGAAGACCUCCCAACAUUUGCUCCAGCUGGUAGUCCGAACGAGUAUGUAAACCUUAAGAGCCCUGAUCCAGCCUACAUUAACCUUCAGGGAGUAGAUAUGGAGCCCAGAAGCGAGAUCCUAACUAGCAGUCACAUGUUGAACAUGAUGUACCAAAUAGCUUGCGGCAUGCAAUAUCUGUGUUACAAAAACAUAAUCCACCGUGAUCUGGCGGCCCGAAACAUCCUAGUCGGGCAAGACAUGACAGUGAAAGUAUCAGACUUUGGUCUUGCUAGGGACAUGUACCUGGAAGGACAAUACAUGAUGAACCCCAGGGGCCGUGUUCCCUUCAAGUGGAUGAGCCCUGAGGCACUCUUCGACCUCAAGUUCACUUCCAAAUCCGACGUCUGGUCGUACGGCGUCCUGCUGUGGGAGAUAGUGACUCUAGGCAGCUCACCCUACCCUGGUAUUGAGCCAGCUAAACUCUGUAAGUUAUUAAAGCGAGGCUACAGAAUGGAGCGACCAGACGGUUGUUCUCUGGAGAUAUACGAUAUUAUGAAGGACUGCUGGCAGGAGGACCCUGAUCUCAGGCCACCAUUCGACGAUCUGUCUCAUACUAUUCAGCAGCUCAUGAACCUUGAUUCCGUGGAUUAUUUGACGGUAGGACAAGGAAUGGGAAGUAUUGAGGAGAGUACAGAAGACCUGACAGCUGUAGAGUUAGAAUCCGACGUUAUAGAAGUGCAAGCUGCAGAGCAAUACUCGAACGUCAACUCGAAACCCCCCAUUUCCCCCUCCUCCUCAUCAAGUCAAGACGACAACCCUAAGUCUCCGCUUAUUGCAAACAAUCAUCAGUCAUCACUAACUAUCGAGGUGCCGCCGCCCAUCCUCCGCGCCGACACGUUGGACUUUCCGCCGUCGUCGCGAUCGCCCCGCGUUCGGCCCGAAUCAAAUUACUCUCAGUCGAAUAUGCAUCCCGCCGAAACGGUACUGUAGCUCCAUCCCAACAACUUGUCCUUACACCUUCUUGCUCCCUUUUUGAUAAAUUAUUUGUGAUCUGUACAUAUUUAAUAAUUUAGAAUACACCCGGCUCCGUAUGUGAUAAUAUGUGACUACAGUUUUGCAAAUAUUCUCCUAUCAGUUAGCUAUAUUGUUUAGCUUUAACAACCAAAAACUCAACCGAAUUGAUAUAGAUCUAUUAGAUUUUCAAGAUUUUCAAGAGUAUAGAUGCAUUGGAUUGAUGCAUUAGAUUGAUGCAUCUUGAAUUCUUAGUGUUAGUUUUAUUGAAAUCAAUUUUUAAAACGUAUCCAUUGCUAUUCUGGGUAAAAACGUGAACAUAAAUAACCGUUACCACGUUUCCAAAAUUUGGUAUUUGCUUCUUGAUGAUCUACGUUCACAUUAAAAUUUCUUUAAAUUUUUAUUAACUCCGUUCCCCGAAUUUUACUCACUUGAACAUAGCUUGUUAGGUUAAUUUUAUCAAGUUAAUAAAUUAUAUAACUGAAUAGAAUUAAGUUUAGUCGAAAUGGCUGGCUAUGUUCGAGUAGUACAUGUUUUGAUCUAGCUAGUCAGUGAAAGAAUGUGCGAUGUAAAAUGUAAGGACGGGUUUUGCCUGACCUUAAUUUCGACUGAUUACAUUUUUACAAUUAACUGUGGACCAACUGGGAACUGCAAUUCCAAAGAAUGAAAUACUAUUGUCCAUUUAUUUUGUUUUGUAAUAAUAUUUUACUGUUUUGUUAUUUUUACAAUAUUUCAAAUUUCUGGAAACCGAACCAACGUGU